AUGGUGUUGUUUCUCGAGGCAGAGAUACUGAGGCUGCUAGAGCUAGACGCGGCGUUGCGCGCCGACUCAGACAACAAAUCGAAAAACGGCGUGUUGCUCACGCAGAGCGCGCGCGAGCACCUGACAGCGUCGCUGAACCGGAGCUUCCCGCGCGAGCAACCAUGGACGGAAAGCCAAGUGGCGGUUAAAUUUAAAAACCUACGCGGCGAGUACGCCGAGUAUAAGUGGCUGAGUUCCCAGCCAGGCUUUCAAGCGAGCGGCACAGAGAUGAGCGAGGAAUGGUGGCAAAAUGCCAAACGACUGCGGCCCAAGUGCCACAAGUUUAAGAGCAAACUGCCUUGGGUCUUCGAGGCCCACAUGAAGAAGGUCGUGGGCGACGGCGGACCAGACCAUUCGCAAGAGCAGUCCGUGAACAGGCGAUUGAAGGAGAAGGGGUCAAAAGAUGAAGGGACUAAGCAACAGCAGCAGCAGGAGGAGGUGGGGUCUGGGAACUCUGAAGCGUUUCAUACUGCUACGUCGGUAUCAACACCGUCGGAGGUGGCCGUGGUCCCUCCUCCGCGUCACAAGCGGAAACGCAGCGAUGAUGAGAGAGAAGAUGAUGUCCAUUCUCGGAUCAGGCGAGACUCGACACGAGAGCACGAACAGGUGCAAGGCAGCAGUGCUACGACCGCGAGCGACGAUGCUGGAGGUGACUACAACGACAGUCGCUCGUUGGCCAGGUCCGUGGAACAGAGUUCGGUGGCGGCUGCGGGUAUGGCACGUGGCUUCCAGGAUCUGAUUCAGAUUUUCCAGCAGCAAACAGCUAAGUGCAGAGAGCUAGAGGACCAGUUGACGCAAGGCAACACGGAGACGCCGUCAUUGGUUUUGGCUGAACAGCGCAGCGUGCUGUUGGCCAUCGCGCGCUCACUGGAGCAAAGCACACGAGCCACUGCUGACAUGGCGCAGGGCUAUCGCGAACUCGUGAAGGCCUUUGUGCGGGUGUCAGACACCACCCGGUUGCAGCGUUGA